AUGGACUACAGCAUGGAAGACACCCAGAACUCCUCUCCUGGCAGCGUCCAGGCAGCCAAGCUCGGUGGCGCCAGAAAGGGUCCUGAUGCGCAGAGCGUCGUCAAGAGAUUGCAGACAGAACUCAUGCAACUUAUGACCUCGCCCGCACCAGGUGUCUCCGCCUUCCCCUCGGCCGACGGCAAUCUCAUGUCAUGGACGGCAACGAUCGAAGGUCCCGACCAGACUCCCUACGCCGGCCUGACCCUCAAGCUCAGUCUCUCCUUCCCCAGCAACUACCCCUACGCACCGCCCACUGUGCUCUUCAAGACUCCCAUCUACCAUCCAAACUUUGAUUUCUCUGGUCGCAUCUGCCUCGACAUCCUCAAGGACAAGUGGACACCCGCUUAUAACAUCCAAACCGUCCUACUCAGCUUGCAGAGUCUGUUGGGCGAGCCCAACAACGCCUCUCCUCUUAACGGCGAGGCCGCAGAGCUUUGGGACAAAGACCCCGAAGAGUUCAAGCGCAAGGUUCUUGGCCGCCAUCGCGACGUUGAGGACGAGUGA